UCUGGCUGUGCGCAACACACACGAACCAACCUUCCCUAGGCCGUGUUUGAUGUUUCACUUCAUUUCGUCAAGCGCCUCGGAAUAAACACGAAAAAAAUAUCUUCUAGAAAAACUGUGUCUCCGAGUGCUUCCUAGGAAUCGAUAAUCGCACCAACACACGUACACACACAAACCUACCUACGAUGCCUACCAUCAGACUACAGUCGUCGGACGGUGAAAUUUUCGACACCGAUGUGCAGAUCGCCAAAUGCUCCGGCACCAUCAAAACGAUGCUGGAAGAUUUGGGCAUGGACGAGGGUGACGAUGAGGUCGUACCGCUGCCGAACGUAAACUCGGCCAUCCUGCGGAAGGUGCUACAGUGGGCCACCUUCCACAAGGACGAUCCGAUCCCGGUGGAAGACGACGAUAGCAAAGAAAAGCGCACCGACGACAUCAGUUCGUGGGACGCUGACUUCCUGAAGGUGGACCAGGGCACGCUGUUCGAGCUGAUCCUGGCCGCGAACUAUUUGGACAUUAAGGGGCUGCUGGACGUGACGUGCAAAACCGUGGCGAACAUGAUCAAGGGCAAAACCCCGGAAGAGAUUCGCAAGACGUUCAACAUCAAGAACGACUUCACGCCGGCCGAGGAGGAACAGGUGCGCAAGGAGAAUGAGUGGUGUGAGGAAAAGUAGAGUGUGGUCGGGUGUCUUCAUACAGAGGGAGGGAGGUGGGGGGGCGGGGGAGGCGUGUGGUACACGCUGCUGCACUGCCUUCCAUCCAGUAUCACCGUGAAAAAUGAGGCUUGUGUAUAAGAUUUGGUGCAACAUCCAGGAUCAGCCGCAAAGACAAGGACAAGAGCACUGCGUCGACGCUUUAUAACACUCGGUGAUUGUGUAUUUUACUCUUCUUUUUUUUUUUGCUUUCAUCACGUUGCUCAUCGUAGAUCCGUUUUAUGGGAUUAUUAUCAUUGUGAAUUUCCGUUUGUUCCGUUUUAAUAACACUUUCGUCCAAUAGUUCUAGCAACUGAAGGAUCAAUAAACGCGUUUCUAACAUAAAAAAAGAAACUAA